AUGAUUAUAGGCUGCUUAAUCGCCAUGACAUGCACUCACAAGAAUAAUGGAGAGACUAUAGUGAUUCUUGGUUCACAUUUAUGGGAAGACGAAGAUCGGGUACCACAGGUAGAAGAAGCUGUACCCGUCGAAUUAGAGCUUCGUGAUGCAACUAUUUUUGUUGGAAAUUUAUAUCAUGCUGGAGGAUCUAAUACAACUCUUGAUGAGUGGCGCGAAACAGCAGGUAUAUUCAUGGCUAAGGAAUUGUAUGGUCAAGCUGAAAAUGAAUACCUGAUGGUACCAUCUGCACGAUGCAAAAAACUUCAGUUGAGUCUAGUGGAAUUACGUGUACUUGGUUAUGGACUCUCGCCACCAGCUUGCGGAUUCGUCAAAUACAAAGAUCCCAUGGAAUCUGUUUUCAGAAUAAUAGAUGAUGAAACGGUGCCGAUAUAG